AUGCCGCAAUUGCGCCGCCAGCCCAAUCUCCACGGCUACCACGGCGAUCCCAGUCUCAAUGAACCCAACACCUUGCGCACGCAGUUCCAAACACCCCCCUCACGAGAUUCGCGGCCAGACCCCCCGACGCAUUGGCUUCCACCAUCUUCAGGGCCACAGCUCGUCACGCCUGAGCUUGCUCCAGUCUCGAGAUCUCCCAAUUACCACGCCGCGAUGCCCAAUGGACCAUUUGCGAUGUUUCGGCGACAGCGGCCCGGCCGCCAGGUGCCGGAGCCUGCUAUGCAGGAGGAAGAUGUGUUUGAGGAUGAUUCGGUAUUGAAUGUGGAUGCAGACGAGCAUGUUGAAUAUGAGGAUGAGAUGCGUGCGGAAGACUCCUUUGACCAUGGAGAAGGUCUGCCGGGCUCCGAAGACAUCAUCGACGAGGAAGAAGAUGAAGAGGACGACGAGCUCGACGAAGAUCAAUACGAGGAUGAAGACCAAGAGGACGAGGAAGACGGCGACGAAGAGAUGCAAGACCGAGGUAAGAAGCAUGCACAAACAAGACACUCUUCGCCUCCAAGUAGGACCCUGUGUCUUUUUCGCAGUCAACAACGAGCUGACUCUUCCGUCUCGUCACAAGAAGUGGAUCGAUCAGAAUCUCCCCUGCCCCCCAAUCUCCGCGAAAUUUCCUCUCUCGCAUCCUGGACAGUUUCCACCUCCAAACCAGGCUGCGGCGUCGCUGCCCUCCGACACCCCUCGCCAUCCCAGUACUGGCAGUCCGACGGACCGCAGCCUCACACCUUGACAUUGCACUUUUUCAAACUCGUCGCCAUCGUGCGAAUCCGCGUCUACCUCGACUUUGAACUCGACGAGAGCUAUACACCCACGAAAAUGGCCUUUCUGGCUGGCAUGGGCGGGAACGAUCUCGUCCAAUUCGCUACCUGGGAGGGCGAUACCCCGUGUGGGUGGGUGACCAUUCCUCUGGAUGGGGGUGGGGGUCGGAAUGGGGGUUGGGUGCGUGAGGAUAUGCUUCGGCGCAAGCGCCGAUCAUCAACGACUAUACGUCGACAUGGUGGACCACGCCAGACACGAAGCGCCGCACUUGGCACCGGUGCUGGAGGAAAUACUCAAGGACUCUCAGCCGAUGAAGGGGAGUAUGGUUCCGAGACCGACGACUACACUGUGAUGGGGGACCCCGAGGAUCCAUACGCGGGCAAUGUGCUCAAGGCAAUGGUGCUUCAGAUGCGCGUGUUGGAGAACCAUCAGAAUGGGAAGGAUACGCAUGUGCGUGGGUUCCAGGUGUUCGCGUGUGAUGAUCACCGGCGAAGAGUGGGAGUUGUGCCAUCUACUGCGGCUGCUGGCCAUCCCCCUCAUGAUGAACAGAGCAGUGCGCAUCACUCACGUCGAGGGUAUCCAGCGGAGGCAUCGCGCGCUCAGGUGAGCAGCGAAGACGUUGAUACGAGCACGCUGAUAUCUACCACUGGGUUGGAUGAACCGGAAUGGAUGGGCGAGCCGGUGAUCCGAUGA